AUGAGCUCUCUUCCUCAGCUAGGAGUAGAUUCCGACACAGAGCACGAGGAAAUAGGCACAUUACCAGAAAGAACAUACUCGAGCCAUUCAAACACUUCUGUGGACUCCAUGCAGGCCAUAGAGGAGGAAGACGAGGAAAACGAUAUGGACCCCGUGCCUUUGACUGCGCAUUCUUUGGAACAGCAUAAAAGGGCUAUUGCCACGAUUGCCCCUAUUUUAGAGGAUUUUGUUCCUGUUCUUUCCAAGUCCGAGGUGCUGAGCCCAUCGAACAACGCUCUUUCCCGUACUGUCUCGAAUAUUAGUUCGCUUAGCAUUGGCCACCAGAUGCCUCCCAACAGCCAGGGCAGUCCGCAGCACGAAACCUCAGGAGUUGGCAACUCGCCAGUGGCCUCUGACAAUGCCUUAAACUUCAGUGACGGCAGAACACUGUCGGCAACCUCAUCGAACGGCGUUUCUGCCUCGAGUUCAGGAGUCAAUUUACAGCAUAAAAACAGAACGUCAUCUAUAUCCGUCUCUGAAGUGUCGGGGCCAAAAUUGCCCAAGAUCGGAACCAUUGGUGUGUGUGCAAUGGACAACAAGGUGCUGAGUAAGCCGUGCAGACAGAUUUUGAACCGGUUAAUCGAAAAUGGCGAGUUCGACACUGUGAUUUUCGGCGACAAAGUUAUACUGGACGAAGCCAUUGAAAACUGGCCAACGUGCGAUUUUUUGAUUUCCUUCUUCUCCAGCGGGUUCCCUCUUGACAAGGCAAUCGCGUAUCAGAAACUGCGCAAGCCAUUCACCAUAAACGAUCUGGUGAUGCAGAAAGUGUUAUGGGACAGACGGUUAUGUCUCCAGAUUCUGCAGGCGGCCGGCGUCCCUACUCCGAAAAGACUGGUGAUUUCCAGAGACGGCGGACCUUUUGUGGACGAUGAGCUGAAGGCCAAACUGGAGAAGCUGGGAGUGGACACCUCAGAGGUGCCGGAGCCAGACUGGAAGAUGCUGGAUGACGACACUUUGUAUGUUGACGGCGAAACUAUUAAGAAACCGUUUGUGGAGAAGCCCGUGGAUGGUGAGGACCACAACGUGUACAUCUACUAUGCUAAGGAAAACGGUGGUGGUGGCCGCAGACUUUUCCGCAAAAUUGGCAAUAAGUCAUCUGAGUUUGAUCCUAACUUGAACAUGAUCAGAACCGAGGGAUCGUAUAUUUAUGAGAAAUUCAUCGAUACGGACAACUUCGAGGACGUCAAGGCGUACACUGUCGGCCCGAAGUUCUGCCACGCCGAAACAAGGAAGUCGCCAGUGGUGGACGGCAUUGUUCGCCGGAAUACACACGGCAAGGAGGUCAGAUACCUGACUAAGUUGUCGCAUGAGGAAAGGGAAAUUGCAAAGAAAGUGAGCCGAGCGUUCGAACAGACGAUUUGCGGGUUCGAUCUGCUGAGAACAAGCGGCAAGAGCUAUGUGAUCGACGUCAACGGCUUUUCCUUUGUGAAGGACAACGAGGGGUACUAUGAUCAGUGUGCCUCGAUUUUGAGAGAAACGUUUUUGAAGGCCAAGAGCGAGCGUCUGAAGAACUCGGCCGCUGUAACUUCAGAGGAGAAGAAACAGAAAUGGGUGUUCAAGGGCAUGAUUUCUGUGGUGAGACACGCAGACAGAACGCCGAAACAGAAGUUCAAGUACUCGUUCAGAUCGCCCAUAUUUAUAUCUCUGCUCAAGGGUUAUAAGGAGGAGGUUAUCAUUCGCGAGCUUCGAGACCUGAAGAUUGUUCUCCAGACGGUGCGUGUUGCUCAGGAGCAGCAAUUGGAGGACGAGACAAAACUGAAGCAGCUGGCCACGGCCUUGGAAAAGAAGAUGAACUUUCCAGGUACCAAAGUCCAGCUGAAGCCCUCGCUGAACGACAAGGGAGACAUUGAAAAGGUACAACUUAUCAUCAAAUGGGGCGGAGAGCCCACCCAUUCGGCCAGAUACCAGGCUUCAGACGUGGGAGAGCAGCUCCGCCAGGAUAUUCAGCUGUUGAAUAAAGACGCCCUGAAAGACGUGCAGAUCUACACUUCGUCAGAAAGGAGAGUGGUUGCGUCUGCACAGCUCUUUGCCAAAUCGUUUAUUGCGGAAAAUGAACUGCCUGAAGACUUUCUCCAGGUGCGCAAGGAUCUUCUGGACGAUUCGAACGCGGCCAAGGAUCUGAUGGACAAGGUCAAGAAGAAGCUGAAGCCUUUGCUUAGACAAGGGAAAGAGGCCCCGCCACAGUUUGCCUGGCCUCCACGGAUGCCGGAGCCGUUUGUGGUAAUCAAGCGAGUUGUUGAGCUGAUGAACCACCACCGCAAGAUCAUGGAGAAGAAUUUCGAGACCAAGGACGUCGAGAACUUCCAGAAGGAAUGGUGCUGCGGUGAGGACCCGUAUCUCUUCAGAGAGAGAUGGGACAAGCUGUUUCAGGAGUUUGUCAGUGUUGAAAAAGUGCACCCGUCGAAAAUUAGCGAGUUGUACGACACCAUGAAAUACGACGCUCUGCACAACCGCGACUUUUUGCAGAAGAUCUUCAUCAGCGAGGACCGCGAGGACACAGGCCAGCUAGGAUGUUCUCUGGUCAGACAGUAUCCGAUCAACGUGCUUGCCAUGAACAACUUCAAGGUGAACGACUCGUCGCUCGACAACUCGUCUCCAUCGAACUCGUCCAACCCGGCAGGAUCGAUCGGCUGGGUUCUUUCGUCGUCGUACAAGCCGUCGUCCCGCGACGACCACAGCUCUCCAUUCGACGACCCAAAGUACAAUCUUUUGCGGGAACUGUACAGACUGGCGAAGGUUCUAUUCGACUUCAUCUGUCCUCAGGAGUAUGGUAUUGAAGAGCACGAGAAACUGGAUAUCGGACUGCUUACGUCACUGCCGCUGGCCAGACAGAUCAUGAGCGACAUCUCGGCCAUCAAGGAGACCGACAAGGCUGCCACGCGCGUUUACUUCACCAAAGAGUCGCAUAUCUACACGCUGCUGAACAUCAUUUACGAGUCGAAGCUGCCGAUGAAAAUUGCCCGGAACGCGCUUCCGGAACUCGACUAUCUGUCGCAGAUCGUGUUUGAGCUCUACGAGUCGGAGGACAGCGUGGGCGGCAAGACGCACUCGAUCAGACUACUGUUGUCGCCGGGCUGCCACACCCAGGACCCGCUGGAUGUGCAGCUGGACGAAAAACACUACAUUUCGUGUAUCCGCCGGAUCAGUCUGACCAGACACCUGGACAUGGACUUUAUGCAGCAGAAGCUGAAGAGCCGGUUCUCCAGAGUGUCUCUGCCUAAACGGUUCACCCCUGUGAACAUCUCGAGUCCAUUGGCAGAGGCCAAGCCUUGA